GGGAGGGGGGCCUCGGGAAAUGUGUGCAUUUAUUCAGUAGCAGGAGUGCAAACCUCAUACAUUGAGGGAGAAAGGCAGCGGGAGUCGGCCGCCGAGAUUCCCCCAUCUCUUUGAAUAUAAUUUCAGAUUGAGAUUCAGAUUAAAUCCGAGGGGAAAACACUUUAUGAGGCUGAAAGCUGUGUCGUUGCCAGAGCCAGGGUUAUGAGCUAUCAAAUGCAAUUACAUUAAGACAGAUUAUACUGGGCAAAUUGAGCCAUUUAGAAGGUGAGAAUCAAAGAAACGGCUCUGAUCCUCUCUUCCCCCUUCUCUCUCCCUCUCUCUCUAAAUUGCAGUUCGUAGUUCCUUGCAAUUCUGAGGCACAAAAGUAGGUGAGACUGCUUUUGUAUCUGCGAAGUGCUUCACUCCUGAAUGUAAUUCUAGCUGAGUGCAAUCUAGGUUAAGAGCCGGACAAGCGGGUAAUUAGAGCCCGCUCACUGCCGGAGGACCGGCCUCCCAGCCGAAGCGCGCCCGGAGUCGGCGCCCUUUUCCCGGCCGAGCCGAACAGCGGCUGGACACGGAGCGCCCGAGAUGAUGGUGCUGGACAAGGAGGACGGGACUGUCACUAUGAGAAGCAAGUGGAAAUCAAGGUGCAUCUUUGACCAAAGUUAUUCCACAUUCUUGGCUCCCCAGGCCUAGAACCCAGAAGACCUGAGUUUUGUGUGUAGGAGCCUUCUGUCCAGGUGUGCCGAUGCUCUCCGUCCAACCAAAAGGGAAGCAGAAGGGCUGCGCGGGCUGCAACCGCAAGAUCAAGGACAGGUACCUGCUGAAGGCGCUGGACAAGUACUGGCAUGAGGACUGCCUCAAGUGUGCCUGCUGCGACUGCCGCCUGGGCGAGGUGGGCUCCACUCUCUACACCAAGGCCAACCUCAUCCUGUGCCGGCGUGACUACCUGAGGCUUUUUGGCACCACGGGAAACUGUGCUGCCUGCAGCAAGCUGAUCCCCGCUUUCGAGAUGGUGAUGCGAGCCCGAGACAAUGUGUAUCACCUUGACUGCUUCGCCUGCCAGCUCUGCAAUCAGAGAUUUUGUGUGGGAGACAAAUUCUUCCUGAAGAACAACAUGAUCUUGUGUCAGAUGGACUAUGAGGAGGGGCAGCUCAAUGGCACCUUCGAAUCCCAGGUUCAGUAACGCCCUGCAUCUGGCCUCCAGGUCCAUCUGUCCGUCUGCCCGUCUGACCACCUGCCUGGCAGGGUGGCCAGCCACUCCGCCUGCGCGAGCUGGCCAGCCGCUGUCCUACAAGUUAGAACUUCAUCAUCAGUGGGAAGGUGGCUUUUCUCCACCACCACCACCCGUUUCUGUGGGCCCUCCUGGGGCCAGGCUUGGCCUGUACAGUCUGUCGUCUGUAUAUAAAUGGGAACAUUUAUUUUAUGAGAAAUGUAAUGCGAUUUUAUUACUGGCGUGGAUUAAACUUAUGAAUGUUUCCGGGGA